AGACACUCGGGAAGUUUGAUGACUUAAGAAUCUCGUGGAAUAGGCGUUGCUCGUUGGUUGGAAAAUCGAUUGCCAUUUCCGUGGACAUGGACGUCGAAAUGGAGCAUUGUCCGAGCUAUUUUGAUCCUGAAGAUCUUAGCACGAGAGAGCAGUUUCGCCGAUACGGGAAAAGGCAUCCCACUUCAAGCAUUUCGCCACACCAAGAUAGUUCAGUUUCAAAGUUUAGCGAAGCUGGGAUUUUGUACGAUGGACAUAAUAUUCAGGGGCGACCUAAUGCUGCACUUUUCCUUGAAGAGAUUAAACAAGAGGUGGAAAGUUCUGAAGCUGAUGCUUUAGAAGGAACGCCGGCAAUGGCUCCAUAUUCAGCCAAAAGGAGAUCAUCAGUUGAAGGUCAUGGAAUGUUAGAAGUGGAUGCUGGGUUUGAUGCAAUCCCAAAAGUUGGAAGUUUGUCACUAAAAUCGUGCAAGCGCGAGGAUGAAGUGUUGGGAGAUGUUGGAGAAACAACUUUUGCGUUAUUUGCUUCAUUAUUUGAUUCUGCAAUUCAAGGAUUGAUGCCUAUCCCUGAUCUGAUAUUACGGUUUGAGAAUGCAUGUCGAAAUGUUUCAGAGUCAAUUAGGUAUGGGUCUAAUGGGAGGCAUCGGGUUGUGGAGGAUAAAUUGAUGAGACAGAAGGCCCGCCUAUUACUUGAUGAGGCAGCUUCUUGGUCUCUUUUGUGGUACCUAUUUGGUAAAGGCAAUGAUGAACUUCCUGAAGACCUAAUUUUGAAUCCAACAACUUCGCAUUUAGAGGCUUGCCAGUUUGUGAUGGUGGACCAUACAGCACAAUUAUGUCUCCGAAUUGUUCAGUGGCUAGAAGGUUUAGCCUCUGAAGCCCUUGAUUUGGAGAACAAGGUUCGAGGAUGUUAUGUUGGUUCCUAUCUACCCAGCUCUGGUGUUUGGCAUAAUACUCAAAGGUUUCUGAAGAAAGGCAUUUCUGAUCCAAAUGUUGUUCAACACUUGGACUUUGAUGCCCCCACACGUGAAAUGGCUCAGCAAGUCCCUGAUGAUAAAAAGCAAGAUGAAUCUCUCCUAGAAGAUGUCUGGACUCUUUUAAGAGCUGGAAGACUGGAGGAGGCAUGCGAGCUAUGUCGAUCUGCAGGACAGCCAUGGAGGGCAGCAACUCUGUCUCUAUUUGGAGGGUUGGAUCAAUUUCCUUCUAUUGAGGCUUUGGUGAAGAACGGAAAGAAUAGAACAUUGCAAGCCAUUGAACUGGAAAGUGGCAUUGGACACCAGUGGCGUCUUUGGAAAUGGGCCUGCUAUUGUGCCUCAGAGAGAAUUGCGGAGAAAGAUAGUGAAAAAUACGAGGCAGCCGUGUAUGCAGCCCAGUGUAGUAAUUUGAAGCGCUUGCUUCCUAUGUGCUCAGACUGGGAGUCAGCCUGUUGGGCGAUGGCCAAAUCAUGGCUUGAUGUUCAAGUCGAUUUAGAAUUAGCCCGGUUUCAACAAGGAAGAACCGAGCAGUUCCGAAGUUAUGGGGAUGCAAUAGAAACAAGUCCUGGACUGGGAGACCAAGCUUUGCUACCUUCAAAUGGUCCAGAAAGUUGGCCAUGUCAUGUUCUCAGCCAACAACCAAGGGACCUUUCGGCUCUUCUUCAGAAACUCCAUUCUGGGGAUAUGGUACAUGAAGCUGUUUCCCGAGGAUGCAAGGAGCAGCAUCGUCAAAUUGAGAUGAACCUCAUGCUGGGAGAUAUACCACGUCUCUUAGACCUUAUAUGGUCAUGGAUAUCACCAUCAGAAGUUGACAAUAAUGAAUUUAGGCCUCAUGGUGAUCCUCAGAUGAUUCGUUUUGGGGCACAUCUAGUGCUUGUUCUUAGAUAUCUGCUUGCUGAUCAAAUGAAGGAUACUUUCAGAGAGAAGCUUAUGACCGUUGGGGAUCUCAUCCUCCACAUGUAUGCCAUGUUUCUAUUUUCAAAGCCGCAUGAGGAGUUGGUUGGUGUUUAUGCCUCUCAGCUUGCACGCCACCGCUGCAUUGAUCUCUUUGUGCAUAUGAUGGAACUAAGGCUUAAUAGCAGUGUGCAUGUCAAAUAUAAAAUCUUCCUUACUGCAAUGGAGUACUUACCAUUCUCACCCGGGGAUGAUUCUAAAGGCAGUUUUGAAGAAAUUCUUGAACGGGUUUUGUCAAGGUCACGAGAGAUUAAGCCUGGUAAAUGUGAUGAUAAAUCAUCAGAUGUUGCAGAGCAACGUCGAUUGCAAAGUCUUGACAAAGCUAUGGUUAUUCAGUGGCUCUGCUUCACUCCUCCUUCUACCAUCAAUGAGACUGAGGUUGUUAAAAGCAAACUUCUUCUAAGAGUAUUGAUGCAUAGCAACAUACUGUUCAGGGAGUUUGCUCUGAUUUCUAUGUGGAGAAUACCUAAAAUGCCCAUAGGAGCACACAUGAUUCUUAGCUUCCUUGCUGAGCCUUUAAAACACCAUACAGAGACUCUUCUUUCCUGUGAGGAUCAUGAUGUUUCUGAGAACCUACGAGAGUUCCAAGACUGGAGUGAGUACUAUUCCUGCGAUGCAAGUUAUCGUAACUGGCUCAAAAUUGAGUUGGAGAAUGCAGAGGUUUCUUCCCUCGAGCUUUCUUUGGAGGAGAGAAAGAGAGCCACUGCAGCAGCAAAGCAAACACUUCACUCAUCGUUAUUGCUGUUAACAAGAAAAGAAAAUCCUUGGUUAGCUAUUGAUGAAGAUUGUUAUGAAUCAGAGGAACCUAUUUUCCUUCAGUUACAUGCCACUGCAAUGCUCUGUCUACCUUCUGGUGAAUGUUUGUGUCCAGAUGCCACCUCUUGCACUGCACUAUCAAGUGCACUCUACUCUUCUGUCAGUGAAGAAGUUGUAUUGGAACGACAGUUAAUGGUUAGCGUGAAUGUUUCUGCAAGGGACAACUACUGCACUGAGGUAGUACUACGCUGCUUGGCUGUGGAGGGUGAUGGACUAGGGCCACAUGUCAGCAAUGAUGGUGGUGUUCUUGCCACUGUCAUGGCAGCUGGCUUCAAAGGUGAGCUUGUUCGAUUUCAAUCUGGAGUUACAAUGGAGAUAUCUCGGCUGGAUGCUUGGUAUUCAAACAAGGAUGGUUCUCUGGAAGGCCCAGCAACGCACAUUGUGCGGGGCCUUUGCCGUAGAUGUUGUCUUCCAGAGGUUGUUCUUCGAUGUAUGCAGGUUUCUAUCUCACUUGUGGAGGCACUUGAUCCCCCAGAAAGCCAUGAUGAGCUUGUUGAACUAGUUGCUUGCCCUGAUUCUGGGUUGCUACAUUUGUUUAGUCAGCAUCAAUUACAGGAAUUUUUAUUAUCUGAGAGGGAAUAUUCAAUAUGCAAAAUGGAGCUUGAAGACAAAAACUUCGGUGGUACGUAGAAGUCAACAUGCAAUGCAAUGUCUCAGCAUUCCUAUCAAAAUCAAAGUUGCCCCACAUU